AUGGCCACUCAAACUGAAUCAGCGGUGAAUGCACAUCUGACUACCUCCAGCAGUCCAUUAGAAAAGUACAUCCAUCCAGCAGAGUCAAAGAAAGACCUCAAGUAUACAGACCUAGUCACUAUUGAUCUGUCCGAAUUCGAUCGGCCGGGUGGCAAAGAGAAACUAGCAGCGCAGUUAAAAGACGCUGUGCAUGAAGUUGGAUUCUUCUAUGUGACCAACUUCGGCCUCACGCAAGAACAAAUCGAUCAACAAUUUGCCAUAGCAAAAGAAUUCUUCUCUUUACCAGAGGAGAAAAGAUGCAGUUUCCGCGCUCCCCUCGAGGAAGGCAUCUACAAUGGCUACCGGCCGCUGGGCUCCAUUGAGAUCCUUCCCGGGCUCCGUGACAACAUCGAGUUCUACAACAUCAUGAAAUUCCUCCCUCAGUACGACCGAACGCAUCCUGAAGUGGUUCGACGCUACUCGGCCGAGAUCGAGAAAUUCCACCGCCACUGCCACGAGCAGAUCACAUAUAAGCUUUUCCGACUGCUUGCCAUCAUCCUCGAGCUGCCGGAAGAUGAGCUUAUGAAUGGCCAUCUGUACGAGUCCAACUGUGAUAGCGGUCUUCGCUACAUGAUGUACCGCGCACGCUCGCGCGAGGAAAACGAAAAAUACAAACAUCUGUAUUCCCGCGGCCACACGGACAAUGGCACGAUCACAUUCGUGUUUCAGCAGCCCGUUGCGGCACUGCAGGUGAAGAAACACGAAGAUGCAGAUUGGGAGUACCUUCGGAUUCCACCAGGGGUACUAGCCGUGAAUAUUGCAGAUAUAAUGACCAUGCUGUCGAAUGGGUGGUUGAAGAGUGGCGUGCAUCGGGUGAUUGUACCCCCAGAGGAUCAGCAGCAUUAUGAUCGCAUUGGAUUGUUGUACUUUGUGAGGCCAAGCGAUCGCUUGAAGCUGAAAAGUGUCGAUAGCCCUUUGCUCCGGAGGGAAGGGUAUCAUAAAGAGAAUGUGGAUUUUGAUAUCCCUGCGCUGGAGUGGACGAGGGCUCGAAUUCGGAGAAACUGGACAAGGUCUCCUACUGAUGUGAACGGGGAUGUCAGUUUGGGAGGAUUCAAGGCGAAGCUAUUCUACGAGUGA